AUGGAGUCCCGCACUGAAGCCAAGAAGCAUUACAGCCUCGAGUUCAGCUUCGAGUGCCACGGCUUCGAGUUACCACCCGAGAUCUACGUCAACUGGGCCGCCGACCGGAUCUAUGUCUUCGGACCCAGAGUCGAAAAUGUGCAGAUCACGAGACGAAUGUUCUGCAGCCAAUCACAGUAUUUCCGGAAACUCUUCUUUGAAAAGGCGCACGCUACUUGGCUUUCGAGAUCCAAAGAAGAACGAGCGCGGGGCAACGCCAGCGAGAUCUCUUUCACGGACGAUGAUUCGAUUUCGGUGUGGCCGUCGCCGUGGAACACCGCUGAGGCUUUCUUCGUUCGAUAA